ACGAAAGCACGAAGACCAGAAUAGGCCAAGCAUCGUUCAAUAGAAAGACGACAUGAGCUUUUCUCCCAUUGCAUGUGAGAGUUGUCGCUCGAAAAAGAGAAAGUGUGAUCGCAAGAUUCCGACAUGUUCGCAAUGCACGCAUUCAAGUCUCGCGUGUACAUAUCCUGGAACAAGCAAGAGAGGUCUUCCUUCAGGUUACAUCGCCAAAAUUGAAGAAAGGCUAGCACACACAGAAGCAGCAUUACUUCAAGCCCUCUCAACAAUCCAUGCCUCGGAAGCACGAGCAAUAGAGAAUGUUCUUCCAGCCGGUCCAACAUCAGAAACGGUGGAACGACAACAACUCGAGUUCAACGAGAUACGCAUUGCCAAGGUGGAAGAAUGGCAAAGAUAUCCAUUGGACAGCGAACAACAGCAGAGAGAAUGGAUGCGUCAUAAAAUCAGCACUGGCGAUUUGCAAGCAGAAGUUCGAGCAGAAGUUCAAGCGACAGCACAUCAAGCUGAUGAGCCAGAGCCAUUGCACCAACACAGCAAUCAAGAAGUAGUGUCGACAAGGAAACGACAACGGACCAUAAUAUCGGAUCAGCAGCAACCAGAUACGGCAGCAUCUCCAGAGGCAUCAGAGAGAACGCGAGGUCCGGAGUCGCUUGCCGGAUGGACAGCGAAUACAUUCGUACAAGACUCCUACAAUAACCAACCGAAAACGCAGUCGCCAGCACCAGUCCUCCCACCAACUUCAAAUCCCUCAACCUCCGACCCCACCAGCAUCCAUGACCCCCAGCCGCCCAGCAAAGCAAAACGCCUCAGCAUUCUCCACUCACGAAAAUACUUCUAGAGCGCCCAGAAACUCAUCAGCCGAGUCUAUACAACCUUCACAACCUUUACCCGUAUAGAAGCGUAUACGAGAGCCCAGAGGACAAUUAUCCGAACAAAUGACGGUGUUUCACACCGUCGGCGUCUGUGCUGGUGUAGAUCAAUUAGGGCUCGGUCCGCGUCGUGGGGAAGAAUUCGCGGGGCCCCUCGGUUUUCUGCCUUUGGUGUUUCAUCCAUGGAUCGCGUAUUUGGACCAUUACAAGAGUGUAUGUUGAUGCGCAUAGGGAGGGAAGGAGAGGUAUAUAAACUGCAUCAUACCCCAGUCGCAAAUCCUCCGAUCAUCCUUUCACAUCGUUUAGAGCAAUGCAUUUUCUCACUUCCAUCACUAGGCUAAGUGCCAUUGCCGCCAUCACUGUUUCUAGUGUAACCGCUGCUCCUGCAUCUACUUCGCUUCAAACUAGAGCAGACAGUUAUGUCGGAUACCUUGUUUCCAC